CUCGGUUGAAGUUGUAAGACAGAAGGUUCACAGAAGGUGACAUCGUUUUUUGCUCUUUCCCAGCAGAGUGCUGCUGUCUGCACAGAGACGAUCAUCAUGAAGUUCUGUGCAACACAAACUUUUUUCUUUCUCACGUCUGUUUUGUUUCUCUGUGUUGCUGCAGACCUACAUGCACCUGAAGUCCACACAAAGCUCGGCAGCCUGAGGGGUGCAUAUGUGAGCGUAAAGGGGAAGGAGACGGGCGUCCAUGCCUACCUGGGUAUCCCAUUUGCCAAGCCACCCAUCGGCCCUGCUCUGAGACUGGCUGCACCUCAGCCAGUAGAGGGAUGGGAAGGAGUGAGGGAUGCCACCCGGCAGCCACCCAUGUGUGUUCAGCAUAAACAGCUUGUUCAUGAUCUGCUUGAUAAACUCAGUGGCCUGUUGGCUGAAAUCCCAGACAUUUCAGAAGACUGCCUUUACCUCAACAUUUACACUCCUGCAAACAGAGCUCACAAUGCCAAGCUCCCAGUCAUGGUCUGGAUCCAUGGUGGAGGGUUUACUCUGGGGUCAGCUUCAGUGUUUGAUGGCUCCGCCCUGGCUGCAUAUCAGGAUGUGGUUGUUGUUCUGAUCCAGUACCGCUUGGGACUUCUGGGCUUUCUCAGCACUGGAGAUGAACACGUGUCAGGGAACUUUGGUCUGCUGGACCAGGUCCAAGCUUUGAGGUGGACCCAGGAGCACAUUCAUAACUUUGGAGGGGACCCUGACUCAGUUACUAUAUUUGGGGAAUCUGCUGGUGGAGUGAGCGUAUCACUCCUGCUCCUCUCACCACUGUCUCAUGGCCUUUUCCACCGUGCCAUUGCUGAGAGUGGCACUGCUGCACUGGAUUUAGUCAUUGCAAACGAUCCUCUACCAGUGACUCAGAUGGUAGCAGAUGGAUGUGGCUGUAGCCUCGAAAGCACAGAGAAGAUCGCUAAAUGCAUAAAAAACCUUGAUAUUAGUGCCAUUGUGACUAUUGGGCAGAAUCAAAGAUUUCCCAUAAAUGUUGAUGGACACUUCCUGAGAAAACCUGUGGAUGAGCUGCUCCAUAAACAUGAACUUCUCACUGUGCCAUUCAUGACUGGUGUUAAUGAUCAUGAAGGCGGCUGGUUACUUCCUGAUUUCUUUGCUCCUCCAAACUGGACAGAGGGAAUGGAUCGGGAGCAGGUCGUGAACAGCCUUUCCAUAUUUUACCCUGAUGCCAAAGAUGCAGUCUUUAGCAAUUUGGUAGUAGAUGAAUAUAUUGGAACCGGUGAAGAUCGUGUGAAAAACAGAGACGGGUUCACUGAGGUUAUUGGAGAUAUGAUAUUCACCAUUCCAGCCAUUAAGACUGCCAAUGCACACAGAGAUGCAGGCGCCUCCGUGUACCUGUAUGAGUACCGCCAUCCACCAAAAUUCCUGCAGGCAAAAAGGCCAAGCUUUGUUAGGAGUGACCAUUCAGAUGAAAUCUUUACAGUAUUAGGAUUUUGCUUCACAACUACUCAUGUGAAAUUAGCCGCAGAUGCAUGCUCUGAAGAGGAGGAGCAGUUGAGCGAAACCAUGAUGAGCUACUGGGGCAACUUUGCUCGCACAGGGUCUCCUAAUGGGAAAGGUCUUGUCCAUUGGCCAAAGUACGGAGCAGAAGGAGACUACUUGAAAAUUGAUGCAAAGGAGCAGGCAGCGAGUCAGCACUUGAAGAAGGACCGGUUCGUCUUCAUCACUCAGACCCUCCCGGAGAAGAUCCAACAAUAUUAUGAGAAGGAGCACAGCGAGCUGUAGAACAGUCACCUCCCCUUUCAAGUUUUUUUUAUUGAUUCCACCUUAAACAAAUCAUUUGAAACUGCAUCACACACACUGUGAAACCACUGUUAAAACUAAUGUGAUUUUAAUAAUAAAGUAAGUUGUGUGUUGGGACAGCAGGGGAUUUUGAAACUUUUUCAUAAUCAUUUUGAUUUCAUGGCAUAUCGCUUCAGGGAAUACUUUAAUAAAAUCUAAAAGCCCAACAGGAAAUAUGUGGUUGAAAGACACUUCCAUCAUGAGAUACCACUACUGCGUUAGCCUAAUAUCUCUUUUUAAUGAUGUUGUUUGAAGAACCAAUAAAAACUCACGUGAGAAAUCUUGUACCAUUCAGUUAUGAUUCAGUUAUGUUU